AUGAUCUUGUGGGGCUAUGGAGUUCAGCCCAACACUACCUCGUGCUCGAACAACGGCCAUGGCCCUACGGCGAUUUCUUCCUCUCAAUUGGCCCUCAACCAUGCAGGUCUCAUUGCCGCGGGGGCCUGCUCCGAAAUGCAAUUCAGUCAAGUUCUAUUAUCGUGCGGCUCCGGUGCGACUGCGGCGAGGGCACUGAAUUCCGUGCUCGAAAAUCUCGAUGGGCACGCGGCUUCAAUAGAAAGCGCGCUGCCAGCGUUGCAGUCUUCCUGCGGUCCUUUUCUGCCCACGGCAUCGCUCAGUCAAUUCAACAUCAGUCAACUCCAGCAACUACAGCAGCUACAGCAGCUCAAUGCUCAAAGCGGCAAUGCCUUCCAACAACUGCACCCUAUCCUCCUGCCCAGUGCCGAACAAUGGGCAGAUUCGGAGGCUCGAUGUAAACCCCUGGUGUGCUUCGAUUUUUUCAAGGCUAAUGCCGAACACCUCGUCGGGGCCUCGGGCGGAGACGCUCUUCAGGCGCAAGCGAUUCAGACCCAGAAAAGAAGCGCUAUGUUCGCGAACAGCGACGUCCUCGAGCAACUGCAACUCGCAAACCACAUUAUCAACAAUCAAUCGACGCCUAUCCUAGGAGUUAAUUGUUCCGAGGGUCAAGUCCCAACUCUGGGCCAACACGUUCCGUCAUCUCAGUGUUUCUCGUCUUUGGAGAGCCCUUCGCAGGUAGUCCCAUCAGAUUCUCUUCAGGGCAACGCUGCUGCACAUUCGCCUUUCGCACAAACCUCAGUGGCUUCCCCGCAGUUAGCUGGAACGCCAUCGCCCAUUCCGGGGACCCCACAACCUGCUGGAUACGAGAACGCCCCGGAAAACACCGUUUGUCUGAAGGGCAGUCUGUGCCCGGCUUCUCGGAGCAUCUGCUGCUCGCAGCAGGUCGUGCGCAGCCAUGGCCAGCUCCAGAGCGGUUGCGUCGCGCUCAGAGGCUCCUUCUGCUGCGAAGAUAUCCAAUGCAGUGAGAAAAGCUGCUCGUCCAUCGAAUGCGGCUUGACGAAUGUCGCACCAGCGGUGAACCCAACGCCGACAAAUUUUUCAAUCGCCGUCAGUCCCCAAACGCCCUCGGUGACGUUCGGCGGAAAUUUUGUCCAAUCGAACUCACCGCAGAAUGGCUUCCUGGCCUCAUCCGCUAGUUCAUCACCAAUGAAUUUGAGGAGUGUUUGUGGCACCCCGACACCUUCAAUUGCGUCUACGUGCUCGGAGUUAUCGACGAGAUCUCGCGCCGGGUCCAUUUCGGCCUCUCGUAGCGAAGGCUUGGAAGAGAAGAAACAGGCCUUUGAGCAUCGCUUCGAUCCUGAGUCUCCGAAGGACAACAGCAGUAAUAUUUCGAAAAAGAAGAAGAGCAAAAGCGUCAGCGUGUCUGAGCUGUCCCCGGAAGAACUGAAAGAUAAGAGAUCCCGGCAGGCUCAGAAAGCUCGGAUGGCAAGGAAAAAAGAGACUCCCGAGAAACGAAAACGACGUCUAGCGAAAUUGGCUGCGUACGCAGCAGAGAGACGCAGGAAUGAGUCGGAGGAGGAACGCGAGAGGCGGCUGCAGGACAUGCGAGAACGGCAGAAGAAACGCGUUCAACAGAAGAAGAAACUUCAACAGCAGAUCGGCGGGAGACUUAACCGUAGCUCAGACACCGACGAUUCCCAACGGUGCCAAAAACCGUCGGAAGACUUCGCUCUUGAAGAUGCCGCAGCCGGGAGAAAAAUUCCAGGGAGCGAGUCUGCCGACAAGAAGACACAUUCUCCGGUCGAACGUGAGAUGCCCGCACGGACCUCCAGCGUUUCUUCAACGCCGGCCGCUAGUCCGCCAUUGGUGGUUCCUUCCUUGCAACAGCUGGUCACCGUAUUAGCUGGGGGAGUCGGAGCUGUUGGAGGGGUGGACCCAGCUUUUACCGUGACUCAAGUUGUAGCUCAAGUGGCUCCGGGAAGUACAACGCUGAGUACAAGGGUGGCGCGUUUACGGCCAAUCCUCCCGAAACCUCAGGAAACCGCUCAGACAGCUGGAGAGACGAAGACAAAAGCACUGGGCCUCAAAGAUAUUGGUCCGGCGGCGAGAAGUCCUGGUCGAACAGCUGAAACUACACUGAUGCCUCCAAUGGGUAAUCCACAACAGCCUCACCUCGGAUAUCCGACGCCGUCAACAUUGAGCUCAUGCUCGAGUCCUGCUCACUCUCAACUAUCUGACUUCGACAUCCCUUCACCACUGAGCAUAUCAGAUCGUUCCACGCCGCUGGAGUUUUCCCCGACCGGAGCUCACGACCUGGACUCACCGCGAAGCGCUUGUGGGGCAGCUAAACGGAGCCUGCCGAGACCGCAGCGCACAAAUGAGUCCGCCGUGACGCACAAAGACUGCCUUGUCCCUCGAGAUGCAGAUUUUCCACCGAGUCGGAGCAAAACGACCUUCAUGCAGGUGGACUUCCAGCAAUCGCAGAACGCGUCCUCUGAAUUCCUGACGGCUCCGUCCACGGCGGAAUUCCCGAUCGAGAGCGCUCCGACCGCAUCUUCCCAGCAGCACCGAGCGCCGUCUGACGAUCACGUCAACCUCGACGAGCUAGGCUACACGCCUCUGAGAGAAGUGAUGUCACCCUCAGACGCAGAAGCAACCGUGAGAUGCCUGCGCGAAGGAUUGCAAACGCCCCCUCCCUCGGACUGCAACGAGGACACCCAGCAAUUGCCCCCAUCCCAGAUUCUAUCGUCACAUCAUUCUCACUCGGUGCACUCUCUGAACUUCCAACCUACAUCGGGACAAAUGGAUCCAGCGCCUGGUUUCGAGAGCCUCUUGUGUCCAACGCCGGGUCUCGCUGACCAUCACGGGAGCGCGCUUCCCGCCCACCAUGACUCUCACCAAUCUCAGGAUCAAGCAAAUAUUCUGCAGAACGCAAUCUUCCUCUCGCAACUCAACAUGCCGUCUGAGUACGGAAACUGA